AUGUUAAAAGAUGUGAUAUGCCCUCAAGGUGCCUUCGUUGUGGUGUUGAUAAAAUCUGAACCAGAGCGUUUCAAAGAGAGGGAGGAUGUGCGGAACACUUGGGGAUCCGUGACAAAGGUCAAAGGCAAGACGCUCGUUCCGGUUUUUACCAUGGGGCGCUCUGCAUUUCCAUUAAUAGAGGUCGAUGAGUCUCUGUCGCUGGAGAGUGAGCGGUUUAAAGAUAUUAUUCAAGGAGACUUCGUUGAUCACUUCAAAAACCAGGCUUACAAGACGAUUAUGGGUCUAUCGUGGGUGGUCAACAGCUGCUUAGAUGUGAAGUUUGUACUUAACACCAACGACGAAACGAUGAUAGAUCCAUUCCAUAUGGUGGACUUUCUGGAACUACAGGAGAAUGCAGAUUUGCUGUUUUGUUCUACUUUUUAUGAUCAGGGCCCUGAACGAAAUCCUUCAGAAAAGUUGUUCGUGACGUACAAGGAGUUCUCAUAUGUCAGCGUGAGUACUUAUCGGUAUGCGCCUGACGAGUCGCAAUGCACCAAGAUAGCCUGCAAUAACAAGUGGGUGCUCACGGCUGACACCACGAAGACGUGCCCGGAGGAUCUGAUCCCAGAAGUUCCGGAAAUUGCUGAUUAA